AUCAAACAGGACCUCCUGCCCACCCACUCUGAUUUUACAUACUGAACUGAAAAAUAAGCCAACAGAGAGUGAAGAUGAGAAGAACCAUUCCUUAAAACUACUCCCAGAUGACAGCAAUGCUUCAAAUGACAACAAACCUGUGGCAUCCACUCCUGUGCCAGGAUCCCCAUGGUGUAUAGUCUGGACUGGAGAUGACCGAGUCUUCUUCUUCAACCCUACAAUGCAGUUGUCAGUAUGGGAGAAACCUGUGGAUCUAAAGAACCGUGGUGAUAUUAACAGAAUCAUUGAAGACCCACCUCAUAAACGCAAACUGGAAACUUCAGCAACAGAUAAAAAUGAUGGCUCUCAUCCAGAGGAUAUAAAUGAUGACAACAGUACCAAAACAAAGAGAAACAAACUGGAAGAUCCUCAGAACGCUGAGCUAGACAAGGUCGAAGGGGAAGAGAAAAAUACGAAAGCAUCGGAGCAUCAGAUUGUGCUUCCGUUGGAAGAACGUAUUAGCCAUUUUCGAGAUAUGCUUCUGGAAAGAGGGGUCUCGGCAUUUUCCACAUGGGAAAAAGAAUUACAUAAAAUAGUAUUUGACCCGCGUUAUCUUCUGCUGAACUCAGAAGAACGUAAACAGAUAUUUGAGCAGUUUGUCAAGACCAGAAUAAGAGAAGAAUACAAAGAAAAGAAAAACAAGUUGCUGCUAGCCAAAGAGGAGUUUAAAAAGCUGCUGGAAGAAUCUAAAUUGUCACCAAGGACGACAUUUAAGGAGUUUGCAGAAAAAUAUGGCACAGAUCAACGAUUUCGGCUCGUUCAGAAGAAGAAAGACCAAGAGCAUUUUUUCAACCAAUUCAUACUUAUCCUUAAAAAGAGAGACAAAGAGAACAGAAUAAGGCUACGGAAAAUGAGAUAA